CUUCACCUGAUGACGGCUAAUUGUGCCUCAUUAGCAUCCGAGAUUCUUCACACGCUGAAUAAGCUAACUAAGCUUUAUUUGUGGGGAACCUAUACGGGUAGAUAUGAUCUGAGACUGCCUGCGUCAUUGCAAUGUAUUAGUAUCGGGGAAGGCGAGUGUUCAUCUGAGUGGCUGUGCAGCUUGUUGAUCACGCUCUUUUCAUUAAAUCAUCCUGUCAAGUGUGAGCUGUGUGAUGUUGUAUUGCAGUUAAGUGAAGACAUCAAUGGAGACGAAGCGCAUACACAUAUUUCGGACUUGCGAUCUCAAAUACUGUCACAAGACCUGUCCAACAUUGAGAUAUUAGUGGAAAAUGGCAGUAAGGAACUGUUUGAACUAUUACGUGAUACUAGUAUAGGGAUCCUUCACCUGAUGACGGCUAAUUGUGCCUCAUUAGCAUCCGAGAUUCUUCACACGCUGAAUAAGCUAACUAAGCUUUAUUUGUUGGGAACCUAUACGGGUAGAUAUGAUCUGAGACUGCCUGCGUCAUUGCAAUGUAUUAGUAUCGGGGAAGGCGAGUGUUCAUCUGAGUGGCUGUGCAGCUUGUUGAUCACGCUCUCUUCAUUAAAUCAUCCUGUCAAGUGUGAGCUGUGGGAUGUUGUAUUGCAGUUAAGUGAAGACAUCCGUGGAGACAAAGCGCAUACACAUAUAUCGGACUUGCGAUCUCAAAUACUGUCACAUGACCUGUCCAAUGUUGAGAUAUUCGUGAAUAAUUGCAGUAAGGAACUGUUUGAACUAUUACGUGAUACUAGUAUUGGGAUCCUUCAUCUGAUGACGGCUAAUUGUGCCUCAUUAGCAUCCGAGAUUUUUCACACGCUGAAUAAGCUAACUGAGCUUUAUUUGCGGGGCACCUAUACGGGUUGGUGUGAUCUCAAGCUGCCUGCGUCAUUGCAGUGUAUAAGUCUCGUGCAAGGCGGAUGUUCAUAUGAGUGGCUGUGCAGCUUGUUGAUCACACUUUCUUCAUUAGAUCAUCCUGUUAAGUGUGAGCUGUGGGAUGUUGUAUUGCAGUCAAGUGAAGGAACCAGUGCAGACGAAUCACAUACAAAGAUAUCGGACUUGCGAUCUGAAAUACUGUCUCUUAACAUGUCCAAUAUUGAGAUAUUUGUGGAACAUGGGAGUGUGGAACUGUUUGAAAUAUUACGUGGUACAAGUAUCGGGAUCCUAAACCUGAAAACGGCUGAUUGUACCUCAUUAGCAUAAGAGAUUCUUCGCACGCUCAACCGUCUAAGCUUAAUUUGAGUGGGGCCUAUACGGGUCGAUGUGAUCUCAAGCUGCCUGCUUCUUUACAGUGUAUAAAUCUCCUAGAAGGCGAAUGUUCAUAUGAGUGGCUGUGCAGCUUGUUGAUCACGCUUUCUUCAUUAGAUCAUCCUGUGAAGUGUGAACCGUGGAAUGUUGUAUGGCAUUUAAGUGAAGGAGCCCGAGGAGACGAAUAUAAUAAACGUAUAUCGGGCUUGCGAUCUGAAAUACUGUCACAUGACCUGUCCAAUAUUGAGAUAUAAGUGAAAAAUGGCAGUGCGGAACUAUUUGAAAUAAUACGUGAUACAAGUAUAGGGAUCCUAGACCUGAGGACGGCUAAUUGUGCCUCAUUAGCAUCCGAGAUUCUUCACACGCUCAACAGGCAAACUAAGCUCCAUUUUAGGGGGACCUACACGGGGCGAUGUGAUCUCAAGCUGCCUGCUUCAUUACUGUGUAUAAGUCUCAUGCAAGGCGGAUGGUCAUAUGAGUGGCUACGCAGCUUGUUGAUCAAGCUUUCUUCAUUAGAUAAUCCUGUUAAGUGUGAGCUGUGGGAUUUUGUAUUUCAGUCAAGUGAAGAGGCCCGUGGAAAGAAAUUUCAUACAUAUGAUGUGGACUUCUGAUCUGAAAUACUUUCAUAUGACCUGUCGAAUAUUGAGAUAUCAGUGAAACAUUACAGUACGGAACUGUUUGAACUAUUACGUGAUACAAGUAUAGGGAGUCUGAUCGUUACGGCUACUGAUAGUUGAACAAUGGAAACA